AUGAGCGCUAAGACUUCGCUGUUCUAUACCAAGGCCAAAUGGGGCCGAAAAGAGUGAGUUGAAGGGGAUUUCUGGGUUUGGGAGUGGAGUAGAGGUGGUUGUUGAUGAAGGCUUUAUUCGCUGGCGGAUUUGCUGCUUUUUGGUCAUAAUAGGCUAGCGCAAAGAAGCAAGCUCGCUUUAGAGGCGACUCCAACGCUAGACCUGGACUUUUCGGCGAGGAAAGUACGUUAAGUUGCUCGGGGUCGGAUUUACAUGGCGUAGCGACACUUGUAGGUAACCGCUUUGAGGGCAGCCGACAUUUACCGAAUAGAAGUACGAGUUUCCUACAGUAAUCCACGUAGUAAUUGGACAAAAAGAUAUAUAAAAAUCGGAAAUUUUUUUUGGUUCACCCUAAUAUGACAGAAAUUUUGCAUUGACAACUUGGUACUGAUAAGUUUAGUAAUCUAUUCAGUUCAUCCACCGUUUUCAAAGUUAUGGGAAAUUGUUUUCAAAAAAUGGUUUCUGAACCUCUAAAAGUUCCUGGUUCACCUUAUGAUGACUAUUGGAGCCACUUAUACAUCUGGAAACUUCAUUUGCAAGAUCUGACUACCAAACCCAGCGUUUGAAUUUCCUGUUGUAAGAAAAUGUUGGCUGAUUUCCCAACAUGCCCCGCAGAAUCUCUGAAUUCUUCUAGUUGCUUGUUAAGAAGUUGCCCGCGUAAGCAUACUGUACCCUGCCGCACUAAAAAACCUUUUGAUAACAAAUAAAUUUUUACCUUGCGAUUUGUUUCACAAAGUAUUUUUUAUACUUCCAUUUUUGAAAUAAGAUUCUGUCAUAUAAGGUCUUAAAACCGUAUUUUACACUAUCCCAAUUUUCAGCGACAACCUCGAGAAGCACAGUUUCAUCAACGACCGCAAGCACGACGAUGACGAACGUCAUCGAGGCGUUGGGAUCUGGCUUCUUAUUUGUGGCACUAUCCUUGUCUGGUGCCUCUCGAUUGGCGGGACCACUCGAUUGUCCGGCAGUGGGUUGAGCAUUGCUCGUUGGGAUGUGUUGGACACUCUGAUCCCACCAUUGACAGACAAACAAUGGGAGUUGGAAUUUGAGCACUAUAAGAAGUUCCCGGAGUAUAAAAUGUAAGAGUUUUUUGACGAGUAAUGCCAUUAUGCACAACAUGAUAGAAUAUAAAUCUUAACAUAAUAUAAGUCUCAUUCUAGGAAGCAUUCCGGUUUGACGACGGCGGCUCUGCCGAUCCACCGCUUCAAGUCCAUGUGGAUGAUGGCCUAUUUUCAUCGAGCUCUCAGCCAUCUCCUGGCGUUGGCCUUCUUCAUUCCCUGCGGCAUUUUUUGGUACAAAGGACAUCUGAACCGUAGGACCAAGUUCUUCAUGGUGUUUUGUGGGGUUUUAUUGGUGUUGGAGGCGAUUGUUGGAUGGUUUGUGGUCAAGUCAGGCCUUACGAAUGAAGAUGGAAAAUCGGCCGAAAACCUGAUCUGCCCGUAUCGACUGUUCUUGCAUUUGAUUCUCGGCUUUUUCCUGUACAUAGGGCUGCUCUGGCCGGCUUUUGCGCAUAUUUUCAAACCGGUAUAUGUAAGUUAAAAAACAGAUUAAAAAUCGAGAUUUUUUGAGUAUUUUUAAAUAAUUCCAGCCUUAAAAGUCUUAAAAGGCUGAAAGAUUUUUUUUCAAUAGUUGGUAAAAAUUUUUAAUUUUUCAGUACGUCGAAGCCGCCCAGCACAUUAAAUGCUACAGAGGUUUGAUUGCGACCACGAUUGCCUUUAUUUUGAUUACUGUGUCUUAUGGCGCGUUUGUGGCCGGACUAAACGCUGGGGCCAUCUACAACACUUGGCCGUUAUUCGAUGGAAGGGUGUUCCCCGCGAAUAUGUAUGCACAGUCUCCGUUUAUCAAGAAUUUCUUUGAAAAUCCCGGAACAGUUCAAUUUUGGCAUCGAACUUUCGUAAGUGAUGGGUCUUAAAUUUGUGUCUAUUUUUUUUCCAAUUUUUGAAAAAGAAAAAAUUUAAAAGAAACGCAAUUUUUUUUCGCUUUAUUUCAGGCCUAUAUUACAUUCGGAUUAGUGAUCGCAACUUGGGUGAAUGCGCGAAAACUCAGCUUGCACAAACGAGCCAGAGUCGCCGUGAACGCCAUGCUUCUUUUCGGAGUGUUGCAAAUUGUCAUCGGAAUCGCAAAUUUGGUAAUGUUUUCCACUGUUUUUAAUAGUCAUCAAUCAUAGUCAUUUUUAUUUCGAGGAAGACCAUUUCCCUGUAAUAUACGAUUUCUCCCUGUAAUAUGCCAUAACUCCCGAUUUCAGCUCCUCGGUGCACCAGGUUGGAUCGCUGCGGUUCAUCAGUCCGGCGCGAUGACCCUUCUCUUCUUCAUCCUCUGGCUCUUAUAUGAAAUCAGCCACUCAUCCAGAUCGUAG